GUUUUUUGAGUGCUUAUUUUUUCUAUUAAUUUUAAUUUUUAAUUCAAAAUCAAACAUCAAAUCAUUUAAUUAAAAAUAUUUGUUCAAAUAAUUUUACAAUAGAAACACAUAUCACAAAAAUUAAAAUGUCACACGGCGAAGAAAAGAACAUAAAAGUUGCCGUUCGAGUUCGUCCCUACAAUCGGCGCGAAUUGGAAACAAAUCAAAGAUCAAUAAUAAAAGUAAUGGACAAAACGACUCUUCUUUUUGAUCCGGACGAGGAAGACGACGGAUUCUUCUUCCAGGGAAUCAAACAACACUACCGCGACAUGACAAAGAGGGUCAACAAGAAAUUGAGCAUGGAUUUCGAUCGUGUUUUCGAUACGGAAGCAUCGAAUGAGGAUCUUUUUGAAGAAUGCACAAGGCCUUUGGUGGAUGCAGUAAUGAAUGGUUACAAUUGCUCAGUUUUUGUUUAUGGAGCAACAGGGGCUGGCAAAACAUUUACAAUGCUUGGCAGUGAGGAUAGUCGAGGCCUGACAUAUCUCACCAUGCAAGAUCUGUUCUUCAAAAUCGAGGAGUUAAGUGACACACGUAAAUUUGACAUCGGCGUAAGCUAUUUAGAAGUUUACAAUGAGCAAGUGAUGAACCUUCUCACAAAAAGUGGACCUCUGAAACUGCGUGAGGACUCAAACGGCGUUGUGGUGAGCGGUCUCAUCUUGAAGCCGAUAUUCAGUGCAGACGAAUUGCUCGACUUGCUUGCCCAGGGAAACAACAAUCGAACCCAACAUCCAACAGAUGCAAAUGCUGAGAGCAGUCGUAGCCACGCCAUCUUUCAAGUUCACAUUCGCAUGACCGACAAGAAAUCUGGCCAGAAGCGAACUGUCAAACUGUCGAUGAUUGAUUUGGCCGGCAGUGAAAGAGCUGCCAGUACUCGUGGUGUGGGAGUGAGAUUCAAGGAAGGAGCGAGCAUCAACAAGUCUCUGUUGGCGUUGGGGAACUGUAUAAACAAAUUGGCCGACGGGAUGAAACACAUUCCGUACCGUGAUUCGAAUCUGACAAGAAUUCUGAAGGACUCGUUGGGAGGAAAUUGCCAAACCUUGAUGGUUGCCAAUGUUUCAAUGAGUUCUCUCACCUACGAGGAUACCUACAACACCCUUAAGUAUGCUAGCCGCGCCAAGAAGAUCCGUACGAUUCUCAGAAAGAAUGUGAUGAAGUCCAACAUGCCCAAGGAGUUCUACAUCAAGAAGAACACCGAGCUACAAGAUGAAUUGGAUCGUCUUCAAGAAAUCAUCAAAACCCUAGAACAAAAAGCGGCGAUCGCGACAAAACCGCCCGCAGUCACUUCAAAGGCCUACGACGAAAGUGAACUGCAGUGCUGGUAUCGAAAGAUCGACGCAGUGUACUCUUCCGUAAUCACAGCCCAGGAGUACUUCUACGGGAUGCAGAGUAAGGAGAAAAUAAUCAAAUUCAGAUGCAGAAUAAAGGAGAAGACAGAAAAAUUCAAAAAGAUUCUCACACUCGAUACGCUGCCUAACCAAGACGACAUAAGCCGUUUCGAAGCUUCGAUAGAUCGUUUUGGCAAGCAGAUUUUCAAACAAAAAGAAGACCUCGUUCGAUGGCGUAAAAAACUCCAAGAAUCAGUUAAAGAUCUCAAAAAGCUUAGCAAAGAAGUCAAAGAAGCAAAAUGCUCAAAUAUUCUCAAAAUAUAUUUGGAGAAAAAAGAUUUAGAAAUUCAAAAAUCCAAACAAAACAUCAAAACAAAUCACAUUGCAAAACUCAAUUCCCUGUAUCAUGCAGACUUUGAACAUUUGGUACAAAUGUUUUCGUUGGGCUGUGAAAUUAUUCAACGAGAUUAUGUGAUUCUCAGUUUCAGUGGAAUUGACACGGAACAUCGAACAAAACUUGAAAAACUGCGCAAACAAAUGAAUGGCAAUGGAAUUAAGUUCAAGGACGAAGAAAACAAAGACAGUGAAGACGAAUUUCAACUCACAUUUGAGGAAAAUCAUUUGGAUAAUGGAAGUGCUACAGAAAUACAAAUUAACGAUAAACGCAAAAACAAUUCCGAUGAUGAGGAUGACACUGGACCUUUGUUCAAGCGGAAUAAAAGACUUUUUGAUGAUACUAUAGAACUAGACGUUGGAACAGGCAAAAAAGAACUAGACAUGUUCAAGCGUCCAUUGGGUUCGAAUUCUGCCGAUGAAACCCAAGUGUUGUCCAGUACAGUUGACAUCAAUGCUGACUACAAUUCCACAUUUGAGGUAUCAGCCAUUGAGAGUAGUAAGAAAGCUGAAUUUAUAACUAGCAUUUUAUCAGAAGAUAAUUCUAAUACAUCGAAUCGGUUACAGAUCAAAAAAGCUCUCUUAAAGUCCAACAUAACUCGGGACACUGUCCUUAAGACUGUCACACGAGGAAUUCAAAAGGAGAACGAGAAGUACAGUCCAAAUCGUGUCCGAAAGAGUCCCAGAACUACAACAAUCACAUCUCGAGCACUAGCCUCGACUGCAAACUUCCUUAAGAGGCAAAAGGCCAAGGCUAUUAGCAGUACAUCAGAACCUGCAGUGGUUAGAAUUAAUCGGACGGCUUCCUUGAGAAUUAAAAAAGCAUGAGUUUUAUUUCAUAAUACAUUUUUUAUUAUUAAAUCAACAAGUAUUUAUAAAUCUAUAUCAGUAUAACGGUAUCUAUAAUGAAUAUGUUUGUGUUUUCAAAGAAAAGCCGAUAUGUCUUGCAUUAUUUUGUUUGUUUGUUUAGCCUUAGAAAUUUAUUGUAACCACUGUAUUCUAUUGUUCAGAGAGAAAAAAGGAACUGUACAAUAAAAAAUAUUUUAUUUA